CCCCUCAGCUGCCGAAACAGGUCAAAAAAACAAAUAGAUAAACGUAUCCGCUUCCAAUAAUAAGUGUCUCUCUGUCUCCGAUUCAAGUGUAGGGUUUCAAUUUCGUUCUCACCGUUGCUCUUCUGCGACAGAUCUGCGAAGAAGAAAGAAUCGAGGCGAUGGCCGCUCGUUUCGGGCUCCUACCCGCUCUUCUUCUGGCCUUCUGCCUCCUCUUCCCUUCCGCUGCCGUCGCCUCCUCGUUCGAGUACUGCAAAAAGGGAGCUGACUAUGCAGUUAAUGUCAGUGGCAUUGACAUAUCUCCAUUUCCAAUUGCUCGGGGAGAGCUGACUACAUUCACUAUCUCAGCAUAUACUGGGGAUGUCAUCUCUGAAGGAAAGUUGGUGAUUGAUGUCAAGUAUUUAUGGUUUCAUGUAUAUCAGGAAACUCAUGACCUUUGCAGUGAGACAUCAUGCCCAGUCUCAGCCGGUGCGUUUGAGCUAUCCCACAAGCAGACACUUCCUAUGGUUACACCACCGGGAUGGUACACACUUACAAUGACAAUGAUGGAAGAAGAUGGGAAGCCACUGACAUGCAUCACCUUCGAUUUCAGCAUCGGAUUCAUGUCAUCUGUUGCUGAUAGCUGAACGGGGUCUAAAUAUAGCUGUCCAUAGUAUAAUAUGUUAUGCUUAGCCUGUGGUUCUUUGACAUCACAGAACUGGAAAGACUUUUAGAACCUUAUGAUAUCCAUCUUGUAUGACCGCUAUCUGCAUUGGUGUGAAUGCUGCACAUUACAAAGGGAACAUGAAUCAAAACAGUUUGGAUGUUAGUUCUUCUGUUCAAA